AUGCAUGCUGUUGAAUUAAGUGAGCGAUUGCAUGACAGUGGAAUCACUGUUGUCAGUGUACAUCCUGGAGCCGUUAAGACAGAGAUUUUUCGAGAUGUGAAAGACUGUUCACUGAAAUGUAUCAUUGCAAUCAAAUGGCUAACAUUUAUCAAUCCAUGGAAAGGAGCACAAACUACAUUGUACACAGUGUUGUCAGACAACAUAAUCUCUGGUGGUUACUAUUCAAAUUGUUCAUUGAAAGAACCGUUAACAAUUGUCAAGAAUAAAGAUGAAAGAAAAUGGUUUUGGAACAAAACAUGUGAACUAUUAAGAAUCGAAAAUACAACAUAG